CAAUAACUCAACAAUAAUUUUAAAAACAAAACUCAACAAGUGCACUGCACAUGCGAUAAAAAUAUUAACAAUUAAUAGUUGAAUGAAAAAUGAAGAUUUUUGUUAAGCAGCUUUAUACAGCUGUGGCCUGUAAUCGUACCCCAGAAAUCGUCGAUUGGAAUAAAGAAGGGCUUAUAUGCUAUGGAGCAAGUAAUGCGGUGGUUAUUUAUAAUACGAAUUUAAAAGGAAGAGAUCCUCUUACAGUUCUUAGCCACCAUCAAUCUAGAGUUAAUUCUGUGAAAUGGCUAACAAAACCGGGUGGUUUGUGUACUGAACUGAUAUCAGCAUCUGCAGAUAAAACGGCUGUCAUUUGGACCCUUGAAAAUGGACAGUGGAAAGUUAAUAGUGUACUAGAAGGUCACUCUGAUGGAAUUACUAGUAUUUAUGGAAUGUAUACAGGUGGAAAUGACUUAUUUGUCUUUACUUCAUCUAUUGAUUCUACGGUCAGAGUGUGGGAGAGAUCAAAUGGUACUGUCACCUUAAAACAGAUAAUUAACCUGAAUUCUGGAUUAUGUCUUACUUUACAUGCUCUUAUGUUACCAGUAGUUAAUAAGCCCAUACUUUUUCUUGGGCUUGAUGACAAUAAGAUUCAUGUAUUUGCUCUAAAUGGGGAGUACCACAGAGUUGAUGUUCUGAUUGGACAUGAAGAUUGGGUACGGGGUAUGGACAGCAUAAUUGAAGAUAACACAAUCCUAUUAGCAUCGGCAUCACAAGACACAUAUAUUCGUAUUUGGCGCAUCCAACGCUUCUACGAUGAGCCGUCUUCGUCGUCGCAGGUCUCAGGGAUUAAGGUGGAGAAAAAAGUGUUUGAUGCAUAUGAUGUGGUUUGGUCGGUGAAACUAGAAGCAGUUCUGGCUGGUCACGAGGGCUGGGUUUAUGGAGUUCAGUGGGACUCUUUUAGUGAAAAAGACAACAAGCGGCCAAUCCAUCGUCUGUUGUCAUCAUCUUUGGAUAAAACUAUAAUCAUCUGGGAGCCCGAAAAGGGUGGGGCCUGGGUGGAGAAGAUAAGAGUGGGGGAAGUAGGCGGAAAUGGUCUCGGUUUCUAUGGAAGCCGUUUCGGUCCAAGUGCCUUUAUGGGGCAUGGCUAUAAUGGAUCCUUUCAUAUUUGGAAAAUAGAUAAGGAAUUAAAAACAUGUGAGUCGAGCAUAGUGGUGGGAGGUCACUUCAGUGGAGUGGAAGACGUUCAAUGGGAGACGAAGGGGAGGUACCUUCUAAGUGCUAGUCUUGACCAGACUGCCAGAUUACACGCGCCUUGGAAAGUUGGACAAGGAAUAGAAGAAUGGCAUGAGAUAGCGCGACCACAAGUACACGGAUAUGAUUUGUGUUCGCUGGCGCCACUCGGCGCCGGUCUAUACGCAUCUGCUGCAGAGGAGAAGGUCAUCAGAGUGUUCCAAGCGCCCGGGAACUUUAUAUGCAACUUCCAGAAUAUCACUGGCCAGGAGCUGGAAGCUGAGGAUGCAGCUGGACCCGAAGGUGCGUCAGUACCGUCUCUAGGUCUUUCCAACAAAGCAGUCUUCAGUGGAGACGACAUCCAAAAUUCUGAUGCUGACAAUGACGGAUAUUUUGUUCCCAUUGAAUUGCACGAGCCCCCAACAGAAGAAACCCUAAUGCAGAACACGUUAUGGCCCGAGGCCCAAAAGCUAUAUGGCCACGGCUAUGAAGUGUACUGCGUGGCCGGAUCUCCCGAUGGCUCACUACUGGCCUCCGCCUGCAAAGCCACCACUGCUCAACACGCUGCGGUCCUGAUAUGGGAAACAAAUUCUUGGCAACAAAUACAGAAGCUUGUCUCACAUCAGCUGACGGUCACACAAUUAGCUUUCUCACCCGACUCGCGUCAUCUCCUCUCGGUGUCCAGAGAUAGGAGAUGGACGCUGUUCACGAGAGAAUCGGGUCUGUUCAGCAUUGCAGCCAGCACUGACAAAACUAAUGGGGUACAUUCGAGGAUUAUUUGGUGCUGUGCGUGGCUUUAUGACGGAAGUGGGUUCGGGACGGGGUCUAGGGAUGGAAAGGUUUGUCUAUGGUCAAAAACAGAUACGACCACAGAUUCAUCGCUCAAAGACUACGCUCUACUCGGAAAGCCUUUAGAGUUAUCUGUAUCUGUGACCGCUUUGGCUUUCGCGCCAACUCUAAAGAGCCGAAUUGCCGCGGUAGGGUUGGAGACGGGGGUUAUACAGAUAUACAUACACGACGAUACCUGGACUAUAUUACACGAGUUGGAUAAUAGUUCGGCUCACCACUUAACGGUGAAACGUCUAUCCUUCAAGCCAAGGACGAAAGAGGACAAAAAGAGGGAAUUCGUUCUGGCCAGCUGUGGCUGCGACCACUUCGUCCGAAUUCACAGUAUAGCGUUUGACACUGUUCAGACAUAGUAUACAUACCGAUGCUAAUGCAUUUUUGUCGUCAUUCCUGCUAACUUAAAUAUAUAAAUACCCCUAGUCUCACUAUACUGGAAUUGUUAACAAAUUGGAGAAUUUUUUUAUGUUAAUUUAAGAUUUUUUUACCGAUUUCACAAACUAAUUGUGGAUGUAGUAAGUGUAUUUAAAAAAAUACUUCGUAAAAACUAAGCGAUACGGGGUUAAAUUUGCAAUGUACUGCAGGGUACAUCCCUCUAGAUAUUUUCUACAUUUAGUCAUUGAAGUGUGUCUAAACGAGAAGUGAAAAUAAAUUCAGUUAUUGGCUACAAAUAAUAAUAAAAAAUAUAAUAAUGUGCAAUGGUAGUUGAAAGAUAGGAUGUUAAUCUAUAAACAUUAUAUCGCAAUAUAUAUACAAUCACAAUGUGUAUUGAACUUUCACUGUAUAGAAAUAAAGGCUAAUUUGCCGUGUAGCAGCGAAUUACUGCCAUAUAUUUCCUUGUUUAAAGCGUAAAAAUCAAAGUGUUAUAAACGGCUCUAUAAACGUCACUUUAAUAUUAACGAUUUAAUAAAUAAAUGUAUAUAAUUUUUCCUCUUGCAUUAAGACUUGGGCGUAAACAUUGUUCUUAUAUGACAACAAAUAAUCCUGCAAUAGGGCAUAGGGCAAAUACUUUUCUGCAUCUGUUCCAUUGUCAUCCUACUUUAAAAACCGAAGCAAUUGUUUCACCGAGAUUCGAACCCAGGUUCUCUUGGUUCACCAUCAAUGUUUAAUUCUUUAAAUAAAAAUGGUUUCCAAUACGGUGCCGGCAUUUCGCCUGCAUAUUGUAGCAUAUGUCAACUUUUCCAGGUCUUAAUUCCAAAAUUCAGAAUCUUAU